CUGAACUUGAGCUUCGAUAGCUGGCACGGGACGAAGCGAGGCACACACACACGAGUUGAGCGAGUUCAUGUUGGACGACCGUAUGAUAGACACCCCCCUUCGUAUGGACUGAGCUCCUUUUCCAAUUCUCGAGAGCCCUCGUCUGUUUUCCUGCCGUCUGCUGUCCCAUUUUCUCCUCCCUCUCCCUCUUGGCCGCUGCGCCAUGCGCACGCGCACGCGCACACCAGCCUCUGCCCAACAUGACUGAAGUCGCUGUGAACGGCGCCGCCCCGGCCCUUGACCUCAAGGCUACCAGGGCCGCCCUGACAUCCUCCUCGACCUCGUCUAGAAUCGCUUCACUGCGAGCCGUCGACGACAAACUCUCUCAAAACGCUCUCGAUAAACAAAUACAAUUGCAGCUCCUCAAGCUCUUGUUCUGGACGCACUCCUUCUACCGCGACAGGGCCUCACGUCUGGCUGUGCAACAAUGCCUCGUAUCUAUCUGCAAGGAGGGGGAUGCCGAACUCUUGGAGCCUCUCGUGGCCGCGAUCCGACGAGAAAGCCCCAAGGCCGGCAUUGCUCCGAGCAAUGCGUUUGUGUUGGUUGAAUGGUGCAGCAUCCUGGUGCAAAACCUGGCUGGUACGCCUCUCUGGGACAAGUUCGGCAAGGAAAUCACGUUGGCCACGGCUGAGGCUUUGGACAAAUGCUGCUCUCCUACAGCCAAGGCUGGACUCGCCCACUCGGCUCUUGUGGUGACUAGGCGUGGCUACCGCAAAUUGUUCACCGCGUCCGAGAACAGAGAGAAGACAAUCACCGAGUCUGUCCAGUCGCUGUCCGCAAAGGCUGCCCAACCCGCGCCCAAGAACGCAAUCAUGCUCGGCGUCGUAGCAGGAGUAUGCUCGCGGCAACCUGAAUCGAAGCCAAUCCUGGAGAAGCUCAAGUCUGAAUACUUCACCUUCUAUACGCGAGAGAUCGUCGGCUCCAAGUCUCCAGUUCCGAAAUAUCUUGCCGCCGGCCUAGGCGACUUCUUCUCCGACUUCGUGACCCCCGAGGAGCUUGAGAAGGAGGUGGUUGCGUCGCUGAAAAAGGGGCUGUUGCGGGCCCCCGAGGUGGUUUUGAACGACCUCAUCACUCCUUUGAUUUCGAGCUUACCGACCGACUGGGAUCUGUCCAACGUUCUACACGGACACCUGCUCAAGCCGCUUCUGUCCAAUCUCCAAUCGUCCAACGCAGUCAUCCGCGCAGGCUCUGUGAACGCCUUCCGCGUGAUCGCGGAACGUUGCCGUGAUGCCGGCGUGAUGGAAAAGGUCGCCGACGACAUUCUUGCGCCACUCAAGGCAGGAAAGCUUGCAUCGCCUGAUCACAGAGUCCUGCAUUGCGAGUUUCUGCUUGCAUUGCCUGUAUCUGGAGGGAUUUCCGGAAAGAUCGUCGCCGCCUUGCCUACACCGAUUGGGAAGGAAGGCAACGAAGCGGCCUUGAAUGCUGAGGCGUCGGCCCUGAGCAGGGCUGUGAAAGCCCUUCUUGCUGAGGAAUCAGAGCUCCCCAAAGCCGUGACCGAUGCUUUUUCAAAGGGCCUUGCUGACAAGAAGCUGACCUCACGUCGCAUCUGGAACAUGAACGCCGGAGACAUCCUGAAUUCGUUCAAGUCUGAUGACACACGAACAUCGGCUUUCGUCAAAUUUGCCGAGUCGACUCUGCCUGCUCUUUUGGACAGCUUUAACGACGUGAUUGGAAACUCUUUGAAAGCGUCACAGGAUGGUACAAUCAUAGCGGCCUACGUUGUCUGUGCGGUUGCGCCUCUCAUUCUCAAGGAUGAGAGCAACGAGAAGUUAAGAGCUUUGUCAAAAAAGUUUUCCGUCUCGAAGCAGUGCCUGGAGUUUCAGCCCAAGCCUUCAUUCCUCCUUAACCCCCGUGUCUAUACGAAGAUCUCGUCGGACGAUGAUGCGCGGUGGCUUCUUAGAGCGUUGUCAGCCGUUGCUCCUUCGCUACCCGCUGACAAUUCUUCGGGCAUUGGUUCUGCGUGGGCUCAUGCCUUCUUCUAUCUCAUUUGCUCAACAACAGCAAGCCCCCAGCUUCGAAAAGAAGCCGCCGACCAACUUUCUACCUUGUAUCUCGCUGCGCCAGGCAAGGUAGCAGGCGUUGUUGUUGGUGGAAUUUGGUCUUGGAUCCAGGGUGUCGAAACCACCGACAAGGAGAGCGCCCCAGUACUGGCAAAGAUCGACAAUAGCAACCUGCAUACGGUUCUCAGAUCAAUUUGCGUAGUCCCAGCGGACCUGCAGAGAGCUUCUGUAGCUCUCAGCCAGGAAGAGCUUGAGCAGCAACUGUGCUCUAUACUCGUCUUCACAAGGUCUCGUCUCAUACCUCGCAUCUCAUGGAUUGAGAUAUGCCUGCGAACCGGAGUAGAUCCGGGUGAGUUGACAAAGAAACAUGAGAAAACUCUGCUAGAAGAGAUCGUCAAACACUCCGACUUCUCCCAGCCGCUCUCUGUCAAGGAAGCUUCUUAUGAUGCUGCCGCUGAACUCGCGUUUGUUGCACCGGACACUAUAACGCCGCGCAUAGAGGAGUUGAUCAGAAAAGAUCUGGAUGUGGCCAAGCUUGAGGAUAUUGGUCCCAUGGAAGCAGCUAUCUUCCGCACGCCUGAGGGGACGGCCUUCGUCGAUGUCUUGGCCAAGAAGGCGAAUGAGGUGCCAAACAAGAACCAAAAAGACUACGACACUCUCAAGUGGGAAGAAGAGUUGAGGGCCCAAUUAGCAGCCAAGAAGGGUCUACAAAAGAAGCUUACCGCCGAGGAGCAAGCAAAGGUCAAUGCACAGCUCAAGAAGGAGUCACAGAUCCGAGAGAGGGUCCAGGAAGCUGCUGCUCAACUGCUGCGAGGUAUAGGAGUGGUUCAUGCCCUGGCUACCGGCCCACCCACGGAUGCGUCUCUCUGGAUGGGCACGGCUGUUGAUUCGCUCUUAAAAGCACUUGAUGCGGGUGCAGGCCUGAUCACAGGAGACGCUGCACCAUUAGCCUACAUCGCGUUGGCUCAGAGGAUCUCAGACAGGCUGGGCUCUAUGCGACCAUUCGUUGGUGUUGCGACUUUGAGAGCCCACGAGGUCAGCGCGCUUCCCGAAAACUUGACGCAGGAGAGCUUCGAGGACCUUGUCACCCGCGUGUUGUAUCGCCUGAGGUUUGCAGGGGAGCAACGGCCCUUCGACACCGUGUCGCUGAUCUACAUUCUGCCGUUGAUACUCUCCGUAAUCCGGAAGGGCGGCUUUGGUGCCACAGCGGAUGAUCGUGAUGCGCAACUGGUGUUGGCCAUUGAGUUCAUACAAUUUCACACAGAUGUCUGCGAAGACGUGACGGUGCCUCGAGCCGAACUGUUGUCCGCGCUCAUUUUCUCGAUGCAACAAUAUGCGCAGCAUUACAAGAUCGCAAAAGACUGCUUUGCGGAUCUUGUGCGCUGCAUUGCGCCGAACAUCAGUCAUGACGAGCUUGGUGUUCUCUGCCGUGGCGCAAUCGUUCCACAAACAUCAGUGAGAACUACUGUUCUCCAGAGCAUAAGUGCCGAGGUAGAUAUGACCGAACUUGGAUUCUCAGAAGAGAUCUGGCUGGCCUGCCACGACGACAUCGACGAAAACAAAGAGUUCGGUAAAGAAAUCUGGCAGGAAAGCGAAUACCAAGUGUCGGCCGAGGUCCCCUUCAAGACUCUCUCAUAUGUAGAGAGCAAGGACGGCCAGCUUCGUCGGGCCGCUGCAAGGUCUCUGGCUGAAGCGGUCCACGCCCACCCGUCAACGAUGCAGGGAGUGCUCGAGCAGCUUCGGACGUCCUACGUUGAGUUGGCCAAGCCUCGGAAGCAGGAACUGGAUGCAUUUGGCAUGCCCAAGAAGAUGGACUUGGCCGAUCCCUGGGAGGCCAGACAUGGCAUUGCAGUCGCUUUCAAAGAGCUCGCGCCCCACCUGGAGAAGUCGAAGCUGGACGACUUCUUCUCAUUCCUGAUCCAGCAGGGCCCUCUUGGGGAUCGCAAUGCUGCAGUCAGAAGCGAAAUGCUGGAGGCUGCGAACAAUGCCAUCACGAUUCACGGAAAGACAAUUUUGGACAAGCUCAUGCAGACGUUUGAGCAGACUUUGGAGGUCCCAGACAGAGGCUCAGAAGCGGGUGACAGAGUGAACGAGGCAGUGAUCAUUAUGUAUGGUACACUUGCUCGUCAUCUGAAGCCAGGCGACAAGAAGAUCGCUACUGUCAUUGAACGACUUCUGGCCACGCUGAACACACCGUCCGAAACCGUGCAAUACGCUGUGGCCGAAUGUCUGCCGCCACUUGUCCGAACGUGUGGUGAUAAAUCGUCCAAGUAUUUUGACCAAGUUCUGGAGACUCUUCUCACCUCCAAGAAGUAUGCCGAACAACGUGGUGCCGCCUACGGUCUUGCUGGUCUGGUCCUCGGAAGGGGAAUCACUUCCUUGAAGGAUUACCGGAUUAUGAGCACUCUGAAGGGUGCAAGUGAGAACAAGAAAGAAGUCAAUCAAAGGGAGGCUGCGUUACUAGCAUACGAGCUUCUGUCGACCAUUCUUGGACGCUUGUUCGAGCCGUACGUCAUUCAAAUAGUGCCGCAGCUGCUCACUGGUUUUGGCGAUGGAAACGCGAAUGUUCGUGACGCCUCUCUGGCGGCCGCGAAAGCAUGCUUCGCCCAACUGAGUUCUUAUGGUGUCAAGAAGAUCUUGCCCACUCUUCUGUACGGUCUUGAAGAUGAUCAAUGGCGAAGCAAGAAGGGUGCCUGUGAUCUCCUCGGAGCCAUGGCCUACCUGGACCCAGAGCAGCUGGCUAAUAGCUUGCCUGAGAUCAUCCCACCACUCACUGCGGUGCUAAACGACAGUCACAAGGAGGUCCGUUCUGGUGCCAAGCAGAGUCUGAAGAGAUUCGGUGAGGUCAUCAACAACCCGGAAGUCAAGAGUCUUGUCGACAUCCUUCUCAAGGCCCUGAGCGACCCUACCAGAUACACUGACGAUGCACUGGACUCGCUUAUCAAAGUACAGUUCGUUCAUUAUCUGGACGCGCCAUCCCUGGCCCUCGUCAGUCGUAUCUUGCAGCGUGGUCUAGCAGACAGGUCCAACACAAAACGCAAGGCAGCCCAGGUUAUCGGCAGCUUGGCGCAUCUCACCGAGAAGAAGGACAUUCUUGCCCAUCUCCCUGUCCUGGUCGCAGGUCUGAAGCUGGCCAUAGUCGAUCCUGUACCCACAACUCGGGCUACUGCUUCGAGAGCUCUUGGAUCACUCGUCGAGAAACUCGGAGAGGACGCCUUGCCAGACCUCAUCCCUCAACUCAUGCAGACUCUCAAAUCCGACACUGGUGCCGGCGACCGUCUUGGUUCGGCGCAAGCCUUGUCCGAAGUCUUGGCUGGAUUGGGAACCUCGAGGCUCGAGGAGACACUACCCACAAUCCUGCAAAAUGUCGAUUCCUCCAAGUCUGCUAUCAGGGAAGGUUUCAUGUCCCUGUUCAUCUUCUUGCCCGUAUGCUUUGGAAACAGCUUUGCCAACUAUCUCGGCAAGAUCAUCCCACCUAUCCUAUCUGGUCUGGCAGAUGAAGUCGAAUCGAUCCGCGAAACGGCACUGCGUGCUGGUAGGCUGCUUGUCAAGAACUUCGCUGUUCGUGCUGUAGAUCUACUGCUUCCCGAACUCGAACGUGGUCUCGCCGAUGAUAGCUACAGGAUUCGUCUCAGCUCAGUUGAACUGGUCGGAGAUCUUCUCUUCAACCUUACAGGUAUCACUGGGAAGGAGGAUGUGGAGGACAUGGAGGAAGAGGCUGUCCGCGAGCACGGUGCGAAUCUCCGUGAAGUUCUUGGUGAAGAGAAGCGCAACAAGGUCCUCUCCGCGCUUUACAUCUGCCGCAAUGAUACGGCUGGUGCAGUCCGAUCUGCUGCCAUCGGCGUUUGGAAGGCCCUGGUGUCUAGUCCCAAGACUCUUAAGGAGCUGGUACCGACCCUCACCCAGCUCAUUAUCCGCCGCCUUGGCAGCUCAAACAUGGAGCACCGUGUCAUCGCCAGCAACGCUCUGGGAGAGCUUAUUCGCCGAGCUGGUGACGGCGUGCUCUCAAGCUUGCUGCCAACUCUCGAGGAAGGUCUCCAAAUCUCCACCGAUACUGAUGCUAGACAAGGUAUCUGCCUGGCUCUGAAGGAGCUGAUAGCAUCUGCUUCCGAGGAGGCUCUGGAGGACCACGAAAAGGUGCUGAUUUCUGUCGUCCGGACCGCACUUACCGACUCAGACGAGGAAGUCCGCGAGGCUGCUGCCGAAGCAUUCGAUUCGCUGCAACAGAUCCUUGGCAAGCGUGCCGUUGACCAAGUCUUGCCUUUCUUGCUCAACCUUCUACGAUCUGAAGAGGAUGCGGACAAUGCGCUGCAGGCCCUUUUGACGCUUCUGACGGAGACGACUCGGUCCAACAUCAUCCUUCCGAACCUUAUCCCGACUCUCAUCGCCCCUCCAAUUUCAGCAUUCAAUGCGAAGGCACUGGCGUCUCUGUCCAAGGUGGCUGGCGCGGCUAUGAACCGCCGCCUGCCUGGCAUUAUCAACUCGCUCAUGGACAACAUCAUCAAUGCUACGGACGAUGAAUUGCGUGAGGAUCUUGACAAGUCGUUCGAUACUGUCAUCUUGUCUAUCGACGAGUACGAUGGCUUGAACACGACCAUGAAUGUUCUGCUGCAGCUCAUGAAACACGAGGACCACCGAAAGCGAGCGUCCACUGGGCGACACCUCGCCACGUUCUUCGCCCAAGCGGAUGUAGACUACUCUCGCUACAAUCAGGACAUUAUCCGUUCCCUCCUCAUCUCUUUCGAUGACCGAGACAAGGACGUUGUCAAGGCAGCUUGGGGCGCUCUGAGCGAGUUCACUAAGCACCUGAAGAAAGAAGAGAUGGAGGCAUUGGUACCAUCCACAAGACAGACUCUGCUUCAAGUCGGCACUGCUGGCUCUAACCUCCCAGGUUUCGAGCUUCCAAAGGGUAUCAACGCUAUCCUGCCCAUUUUCCUGCAAGGUCUCAUGAAUGGAACCCCCGACCAGCGCACCACAGCUGCUCUGGCGAUCUCAGACAUCGUCGACAGGACGAGCGAGGCCUCGCUCAAGCCUUUCGUCACACAGAUUACGGGCCCCCUCAUCCGUGUCGUCUCGGAGCGGUCCACCGACGUCAAGUCUGCCAUUCUCCUGGCCCUCAACAACCUUCUGGAGAAGAUGCCUACCGCACUCAAGCCUUUCUUGCCUCAACUCCAGCGCACUUUUGCCAAGUCUCUGGCGGAUACCUCUAGCGAGCUGCUCCGUACUCGUGCGGCAAAGGCCCUUGGCACUCUGAUCAAAUUCACUCCACGUGUCGAUCCCCUCGUCGCGGAGCUUGUCACUGGGUCCAAGACAUCCGACCCUGGUGUCAAGACUGCCAUGCUCAAGGCUCUCUACGAGGUUGUCAGCAAGGCCGGCGCCAACAUGGGUGAAUCAUCCCGCACGGCCGUCUUGGGUCUCAUCGACACAGAUCCCGAUGAGAGGGACGAUAACAUGACAAUUACCAACGCAAAGCUGCUCGGCGCCCUGUUGAAGAAUGUCCCAGAGGAUGUGGCUCAGAGUCUGCUGAAGAGCCGUGUGAUGACUACCAACUUCAGCCACUCAUCGGUGCUGGCGCUCAACGCAGUGCUGUUGGAGUCGCCAUCAUUGUUGCUGGAAAGCCCACUGGCUGAUGACUUGCCCGACCUGCUGACCCAGGGCAUGUCUCACAAGGAGCCCUUCAUCGCCGAGAACUUCAUCCUCGCGACCGGAAAGUACCUCCUGUCUGACUCGCCGAAGUCAUUCGAAUCAACGAAGGCCAUCUUCGAGUCUCUUGCAGCCCUGGUUCCUCCCGGCGAACCAGCCGACUCUCGCCGCCUGUCCCUGGUCGUCAUCCGCACGGUCUCGCGCGCGCACAUGGACAUGGUCCGUCCGCACCUGCCGCUCCUCGCGCCUCCAGUGUUUGCAUCGGUGAGAGAUAUGGUCAUCCCGGUCAAGCUCGCGGCAGAGGCGGCGUUUGUGGGUCUAUUCAACGUGGUAGAUGAGGAGAGUAAGGUUUUCGACAAGUUCAUCGCAGGCGACGGUGCCGCCAACCUGCCAGCUAACACCAAGAGGAGCAUGGGCGACUACUUUAAGCGUGUGGCACUGAGGCUGGGAAGCCAGGCGAGGGAGAGGAGAGAGGCGGAAGGUGGUGUCUCUGGCACCCUGGGCCUGACGGGCGAUGAAGUGGAGGACGAGAAGGAGAUCUGGAGCGUAGGCAAGGUGGAUGUUGGCGGGGACGUGUUUGGGAAGGAAUAGGCGGUUGAGCAUUGUAUUUUCUGCAAAAGUUGUUUGGCCGUGAUUUGAUUUGAUUUGUUUUUUUCCCCCGCAUUGCUAGGGGUGUAAAUGAUUGAAAAGUACAUGUUUGCCGCAUCGCAUCAAGCUCUGGGGAUUGCAUAUCUCAACGUAACUCGGAAUUUGGGGGAGGUACUGUACUUGAAUGCAUUUUACCAUCAUUCCGAA